AUGGAGAGCUUGCAACUUUCCCAGGUCCUCGCCGAUCUGAGCAACCUUGGCGCAGCGGAACCCCAGGCUGCCGCCGCCAUCGUCAACGCCAACGUCCCCAUUGUCCGAUCCGAUCUCGCCAACGAGGCCCCGACCUCGCAGCCGCAGCAGCAGCAGCCGCAGCGCCCUCCUGCCAUGCGCCGCCACUGGUCCACCGAGCAGGCCGGCCUGCCCAAGUUUGACAAGCUGGGUCGCCGCAUCCUCAUCAGCUCCCCCAACCUGUCGCGCCCCUCAUCCAACACCAACUCGAUCCCGGGCACCCCGCGCGGCGGCAGCUCCGACGUCGACGACGACCUCGAGCGCGCCUCGACCCUCAUGGCGCUCUACGACAUCCGCGCCAAGAUCAAGCAGCAGGACAACAGCAGCCUGCUCAGGGCCCGCGAGAAGAUCAACGCCCUGGCCGCCAAGCAGCAGGCCCAGCAGGCGGCCGAUCGAAACGCCAAGGCGGCCGAGGAGGCGCGACGAAACCGGUACUCCUUUCCUCGCAGCGGCCUGUAA